GACAUGCCUAUCCUUUUGUGGGGAGAGGCGUUCGCAUUUGCUCUUGAGGUGCUGAAUAUUAGUCCGAGCAGUGCAUUGGCGGGUGAAACUCCAUUCACACGGCGCUUUGGUGAGCGACCAGAGCUUUCUAAUUUGCGUACUAAGCUGGAGAAUCCAGGGAAGCCGUGCAUCUUCCUAGGCUACGCAAAGAACUCUAUCAGUUAUCGUGAGCUGGAUUUGCGUUCGGGCAAUAUUCAAGAGCUAAGGACGGUCGAGUUCGCGGAAGACUGGACGGUGGAGCGCAGCUACGUGGAGAAGCUUCUGCUCAACCGAUUUUCACGCGGUAAAUACAAGCUCCCGUCAAAGCUUCCAUACGUUCGACUG